UCCUUGCGCUGAUAAAAGCAAAAACUGCUGAAGUCAUGAGGCUGCUCCAGACGGAGCCCUCGUGUGAGUCAUGCUAAAGCUCCUCUCUGCUGACCUCUGGCAAAAAAGGGAGCGAAGGAGGACGGCAGAGGCGGAUGGGGAGACGUUCAAGUGCGGGUUUUCUCCUUGAACCUGGACUAUUAUGGGUCAGGAGCUGUGUGCAAAGAGGCUACAGCCGGGAUGCAGUUGCUACCACCGUUCGGAGGGAGGGGAAGCGCACAGCUGUCGGAGAAGCCAGCCUGGGAGCGCCGAGGCUGCUGCGUUCGAGCUAACAGACAGAAAAGGAGCACCAUGUUCCACGGCUUUAUUUUACCCCAGGGGACUCCAGGCUGUCAGUAACCAGAAGCUGGAGAGGAAAAGGCCACGGAGCAACAGUGAUUCUUUUCAGGAAGAGAAUCUGCGGCAGGGGUUGCCAUGGAAGAAGAGCCUCCCCUUUGGGGCAGCCUCAUCUUACUUGAACUUGGAGAAGCUGGGAGAAGGUUCUUAUGCCAAGGUUUACAAGGGGAUUAGCAGGAUAAACGGACAACUGGUAGCUCUGAAAGUCAUCAGCAUGAACGCGGAGGAGGGCGUCCCUUUCACAGCCAUACGGGAAGCCUCUCUCCUGAAGGGACUGAAGCACGCCAACAUUGUCCUUCUGCACGACAUCGUUCACACCAAGGAGACUCUGACAUUCGUGUUUGAAUACUUGCACACAGACCUGGCCCAGUACAUGUCUCAGCAUCCCGGAGGCCUUCAUCCUCACAACGUCAGGCUUUUCAUGUUCCAGCUUCUGCGGGGCCUGGCGUACAUCCACCACCAGCACGUUCUUCACAGGGACCUGAAACCUCAGAACCUGCUCAUCAGUCACCUGGGAGAGCUCAAAUUGGCUGAUUUUGGUCUUGCUCGAGCCAAGUCCAUUCCUAGCCAGACGUACUCUUCAGAAGUGGUGACACUCUGGUACCGGCCACCUGACGCCUUGCUGGGAGCCACCGAGUACUCCUCGGAGCUGGACAUAUGGGGCGCCGGCUGCAUCUUUAUUGAAAUGUUCCAGGGUCAACCUCUGUUUCCUGGGGUUUCCAACAUUCUGGAGCAGCUGGAGAAGAUCUGGGAGGUCCUGGGGGUCCCUACAGAGGAUACGUGGCCUGGCGUCUCCAAGCUGCCUAACUACAAUCCAGAAUGGUUCCCGCUGCCUAAGCCUCAGAGACUGCAGAUUGUGUGGAGCAGGCUGAGUGGAGUUCCUGAAGCUGAAGACCUGGCCUCCCAGAUGCUUAAAGGCUUCCCUAGAGACCGUGUCUCGGCACAGGAAGCCCUCACGCAUGAUUAUUUCCGUGUCCUGCCAUCCCAGCUGUACCAGCUUCCUGAUGAGAGUAAGACGAGAGGUGACACGGAUAUGUCAGGAAGGAGAGAUGGGCCCUUCUUGAUUGAUGGCCGGGGAGCAGUUCUUCCCAGCCGGCACCAGCUCAUGGCCGCGCUUGUGGUCCCCAUGGCCAAGCCAGCAGCGCAGGCCGUCAGCUGGGGCAGCGAGGACCUAAAAUUAGACCCUUGGCAGUUCUCUAAUCUUAGCUGCAGGUUCAGCCUCUUUGCUUAA